AUGGAUCUCUCAAACUGGGCAUUGCCCCAGCUAUCGAAGCUUGUUCCUCUAGACGAUGAGUCACUGAAGCAACUAAUAUCCUAUACUGAGUCACUAUCGCCCAAAGAAGCAGCGGACCAUCUGCAGAACUUCUUAGGCGAUAGCCCGCAAGCACUUGAGUUUAUCUCUUCGUUUAACAACCGGAGAAAGGCGAAACCUUCCAGCGGCUCUGGCCAGGCCCAAGUGUCAAAUGGCAUGUCAGAAGUACCCAGGGCGAAGCCAAAGAAGAAGAAACCCGGUUUGAACAAACUUCCGCCACCACGACAAGUAGAGGACCAUGGCAACGUAUCUGGUGCAUAUCUCAAAAAAGAUGAACAAGAUUACAUGGCGGGUAGCUCAAAGCCCAAGGCUGCUAAAUUCGGCUUACAAGAACAACCUGAUGGGUUGCAAUUACCAACCUUCACUACGUCAUCGGGGACAUCAACCCCCAAAUCCCGUGGUGUCUCGCCUGCUCCGCAACCAGCGAAGAAACUUCCAGGCCAACUCAUUUCCGAUACGAAACCAAAGGCAAAGGCAAAGGUCAAUGUUACCGGUGGCACGCCUAUGCAUGGUGCCUCGACGGCACUCAAUGAUCUGGAGUCAGCAAUCAGAGCGCUCGAGAUCCAGACGAACCCUACUCUUGCCCCACAAGAUAACAGCAAGCGGAAAUGCAAUUGCAUGGCUACCAGGCAUCCUUUGCUCGAAGCUGCGCCAAACUGCUUGAAUUGCGGAAAGAUCAUCUGCGUAAAGGAAGGCAUCGGCCCAUGCACUUUCUGCAACUCAGCUUUAUUCAGUGCACAAGACAUCCAAUCCAUGGUGCGCGUUCUCCGCGAAGAGCGCGGAAAAGAGAAGAUGGCCGCCAACAACGCGGGCCAGAAGCGUGCCGAUGUCUCGCUCGCACCACGCCCGUUCUCAACACCCCGCACAGGAACACCCGCAUCUUCCAAUCCCGCCUCGGACGUCGAGUCUGAGAACGAGAAGCUCGCAAAAGCAAAACAGCACAGAGACAAGCUGCUCGCCUUCCAAGCCCAAAACGCCAAACGAACACAAGUCCACGACGAAGCCGCCGACUUCGAAACCACAACAGCCGGCCUCAGCAUGUGGGCCAGCCCGCAAGAACGCGCCAUGCAGCUCAAGCGCCAGCAAAAAGCCCUGCGCGAGCAAGACUGGAAUGCGCGCCCAGAGUACGAGAAGCGCAAAGUAGUCGCCAGCAUCGAUCUCUCCGGCAAGAAGCUUGUCAAGCGCAUGGCUGCUACCGAGAGGCCGGCUACACCGGAGAGCGAAGAUGAGCCACCCGAACCUACUCAACGGCCCCGAGAUGGGAAUACGCUAUCGAGUGGGAGCGGGGCGUUCAGCAAGAAUCCGCUGUUGGGUGGGCUGAUUAGGCCGACUAUUAAGGUCCAGGAAAGUAAAGGCAAGGAGAAUGCGGGUGAAGGUGGGAGGAAGCAGACGUGGCGUCGCGUGCAGGAUGAUAACGAUGAUAAUGAGCAGUGGAUCUUGGAUGGAGGCGUUUAUGGUUCGAGAGCGGAUAACGUGAGCUUGGAGAUGGAUGGGCUGAGAUGA